AUGGUGAUUGAUCAACGCGGGCUGUUAGACUUGCUAGUCUUGUUUAUUGGGCAAGAACUUUUAACAGGUAAGUCCUUGUGCUUAAAGCAUCUUUCGUUUUCUGUAGCUUAGUUAAGCGAACAAUAUAAUUUUUAAAAACGCGAUGAUCCACUGAUACCUCAGCUUCAAGGAGGAAGCAGUUCCGUCAGCUGGCUUCGGUGCCGUGUCUUUGUAAUAUAUAUAUAUAUAGUAAACUGGAAAAUAGUAAACUGGAACUAAUUAAUUAUACAACGAGGCACAGAAAGCUUAUUUGGCGCGACUUCUUGCCUUACUCAAUAUUAUUCAAACAAAGGCACUGUUUAGUAUGCAUCCUGUACAUCAGAUCCUAUGGGAAAGGUGAAGCCAACCAAUCAAACACGGAAACAGCCCUUCAGAGCAUCAGUUGUUUGUAACAGUACUUCUCCCAUGAGGCAGUCCGUAAGGAACGUAAGGCUAAAUGCACUUUGCUUGAAGAGCAUCCAUUCAAAAUAACAAAAGUGUAUGGGGGAAAAUAGUUUUCUUUUUUUUCCUUUUCUACCUUCAAAACUAAUUUCUGAACGUAUUUAAGCCGGUAAACAUACAUGCUCAGGAAAUACUAAGUACGUUGAGGUUCAUUGUUUUGUCUGAAUUUUAAGUGUGUAAUAAAUAAUCCGAUUCACCCACUUACUGUCGCAACGGCGUUGCAUCGCAUUUAAGAUAAAUUUACUAAUUUAAAUUAUUUUACUUGGCCGUGCAGAAUUACGAAGAAAGAGCAACUGCAAAGUGAAGGUCCCUGACUUCCUAGACACUGACAAUCGUCUUGAAAAUUUAUAUGUACAUAAAACAGAAUUAUAAUUAAUAUUGUACAAACUUAAUCAUAUUGCCAAAAAAGGAAUCGGACACAAGGUAAAGGAAGUUCUCAGUAACUAAACAGGCGCCCUUUUCAGGAAUGAGGGCUGACACAUGAAACGAAACGAAGGGAAACGAUGAACAUUAGCAUAAACAGCGAUAUUUAGACUCGCCUUCUGUCUUCCUGCCUCUCCAAGAAUACGCCCUGUAAUGAAAGCCGCACUUUGUCACUCAACCAACACAACGCACCGGACAGUGACGAACGGAUUCGUACUCACAAUGCUCUGUUGAUGGCUUAUAGCUCAUGAUAAUUAAGAUGGGGCAUUUGCCAUCUUCACUGCAUCCUCGCUGUUUAUACACAUGCCGGCAGCGGGAUGAACGGACAAUUCCACUAACACAACGAACCAGUAUAAGAUAUACUUCCGAAUCUCAUGUAAGCCUCUGGCUUUGGCAUAUCAUUGUAUCUCUUAUUUUGUGCUGUUUUAAUAAAUACAAUCUAAGGCGAUCGAACGUUUUAGGCUGAAUCAGUAAAGAAGAUGUCAUUCAGUUCUAGAAAAUGCUGUAAGUGAAACAGAAUGAAGCUGAGAUGGAUUGUCUUGAUUAGCGUUCGACAGAAGGUCCUAGAUAAGGGACAACAGAUGACAUUCCAGUACGACAUUCUGCUUGAAACCUAGCACAUCAUAUUGAAUGUCUGAUGGUCACCCUUCAGGGACACUUACGUCUACUUUUAAGGGUUUCCACCAAACCUCAUGACUUUCUUCAGGUUCAGAAAUAUUUUCUUGUUCCCAAGAAAUACAUGUGCAUCUUUUGUACAGGGAAAUGCUUGACUGUAUGUGUGACGCUUGUGUCUGUGUCGGAAGUGAAAGAAGAGCUGUCAAAGUAGGGUGACGUCAUGACACUAAAAAUGUUAAAUGGUUCCGUGUUUAUAGUUUAAGAGAGUGUUAUAGCCUCUCCUAAUAAAAUAUCCUCUUUCCCUAAAAUCAGUUCCAUGCCACGUCCUUGAGACGUUGAUGGGUAAAUAAGUUUAUUUAUUAACACGAGGUAGGUUUUACAGCGGGCAUUCUCUUUCUUUCCCUUUAGCCGGAGGCUUGAACCAGUCAAACGUCACGCUGAUUGUUUGUCCCCUCUCUUUUGAUUUCGGUUGAACAUUGCUUGUACAUGCAUAUUUCACGUGGAGCGAGCAGCUGUAAAAAUAAUGUGUCGUGGACCAAUAAGAUUUGAAUUAGAGGGUGUUCGCUCACAAGACCAGUGACCAUAUUGGUUUAAGUGUUGAAAAAAAAAAAACGGAUUUUGCAUAAACGGAAUAGAGUUUAGUUCACGGAAGACUGGUUUACUCCCUCAACAUGGCCACUCGUUGUUUUUUUCUUCCAACAUGGCCGCCGUGACAUCAAGUGUACACACUAUAACAGGAGUCAACCACAGCUCACCACCAACGUUAAUAUGACUCGGUUUACAUACCGUCAAAAUACAACAAUGGCACAAAACUCUUACUUCUGAAAUGAAACAGCGAAAUCUGAAGAAACUCAGUAAUUAUGCAAACGACUGCAACGUUUUAUAAUUACUUCAACUCCAGUAGUUCUGACUUGAAUAGAUCUAAAUGAUAAGUAUCGUUCAGUAAAAUAACAGACACAGCAGGGUCAAUGUUUUGUCUAAAGCCGUUACACUAAGUUACAAAGGAAGUCGGGUGGUGGUGGGGGGAGGGGGGAGGGGGGAGGGGGGGGGGGCGGGGGGAGGUGGACAGGGAAUUCGUCUUCCUGAUUAGGCGGUUAUAACACUUCGCACCCAACAGCCGUGAAAAAAGGUCAACACUAAAAAGCACUUUAUUCCUGUAAAGUGAGAUUAACAAUACUCUAUAUUUAGUUCUUUAUUUUCAUGUUGAGUGACACAACCAAUAAGAAUAGAUGUGGACGUAAGAAUAACAAUGCACAGCUGCACAUGAAUAUUAUGUGUUGAAUCGAGCGAUAAACAUAUAUGGUGGGGGGGGGGGUGGGGGUGGGGGGGGGGGGGGAAGGGGGAGUGGGGGGGGGGUGAGGGGUUAGGUGCACAUGGAAUUCGUCUUCCUGAUUAGGCGGUUAUAACACUUCGCACCCAACAGACGUGAAAGAAGGUCAACACUAAACAGCACUUUAUUCCUGUAAAGUGAGAUUAACAAUACUCUAUAUUUAGUUCUUUAUCUUCAUGUUUAGUGACACAACCAAGACAAACCGGAUUUGCACCGGUCAUAAAUCACCCAACAAGAAUUAUACUGAUAUUCACUAAGUGUGUUUUUGGGUGGAGAGGGGGGAGGGGGUGGGGCGGAGGUGCGGAUGGAGAGGAGUUACCCCUUUCCCUCCAUCGCCCCCUCCCAAACGUUUGGGCAGUAUCUUUAGCUUUUGAGAGGCGAAGGUCAUUAGCAGCUAUAGUAUAGCAUAUCAUCUUUAGCUUCGGGUGCAACAAAAGUUUUAAUGCAAAUUCCGUUUCUAUUACACGUUACAGUGCAUGCUCAAGUCUCCAUCACGGCGAGGCAAUCGAUCGCAAGGGUUAAAGAAGGGUCAAGCUUCACCUUUAUAUGGGACUAUCAGCUUGGUUCGAUUGAAAAUUUACGAGACAUUGUCUUCGGUGUUUGGGAAAAAGGCUACACAAGUACAUAUUUUAUGACAGUAACUCGAAAUAAAGGAGCGGUUCAAAACCCUGACCUGGCGAAAACUCAUCCAGACCUCAUUGGGCGCAUACGUUGGGCAGGAGACAUUUCCAGAUAUGCUGCUUUUACCUUGAGCAACAUAAUGCUAUCCGAUAACAAGACAUAUGGAUGUCAACUUGGUAUUGGUGGGUUUGGACAAACCAAAGAUUCUAAGAUAACGUUAAUCGUUGAGGUAAGAGUUGGAUCACUAUUGAAUUGUUUAGAGAACGCCAAUGACGUAAUAUUCCGUAUUGCAAAUUGCAAUGAAAAUUGUAUCCGUCAGUUUGGGGGAAGGGGGGUGGGGAUGAGGUUGGGAGGGGGGGACUGAGAUUGUUCCGUCCGUGGUAUCAUCUUCAAAUGGUAUUGGUAAUGGCGAAGAUCCAUGUCAGAGCGGCUUUAUGAACUGAGUGUCGAAUGUAAUCCGCGUUUGCUUUGGUUUUGCUUUAUAUCGAUCUGUUAUUGGUUGAGAUAACUCGCGCCACUUUUUCAGUAAUGAGAGGCACGCGCGCGUUUUCCCGCGCUUGGCUCAUUGCGCUGCUUGCGUCUCCUGUGGUUUGUCAGAGAAAUCCCUCCGGUUUUGGUUUCACGACACUAGUUUGAAAAGCACUUUACCAGGUAAAAGUUAACAUUUCGAACCAGUCUGAGCUAUUCUGUUAAGCACCAUUAGUUAUGCAGUGUUUGUUAGAUCCAAAAAUUGAUUCGUAGCGGACGUAGCGGAAAAGGUAGGUCAUAUUACCUCAAUAUUUUGUAAACACAUUCAGUCCAGGGGCAUAUUGUUCUGUUUUACAACAAUCGAAUUUUCAGACCAAUUCCAUUUGAUCAUAAAACUGUAUCCACUGGAUAAAACAACGGUAUAACGGAUUUUCAGACCAAAUCCACAGAUCCCCCAUUGAUUGAAAAGUAUUUCUUUCUCGCCACGAUAAUGAAUUCAGAGGAGGACUUCUUAGUCCCGUAAACGAGCAAUUCCUUAGUGAAACCGUGCCAUCACGUUUGUUUACCACUCAAAAUGAAAACAAAUCAAUAAACAUUUUUUGUUUCAUCAUAUCGUUUUUGUAUCGCUUUAUGUGAAUCGCGUCGUUUCCACCGCUCGCUUCACGUCUUCAUAAGGCAGUUGUGUCGACCUCCUUCAAAGCCGAGGCUGUAGAUACCACCUUGGCUUUUUGUGAUUGGUGUAUUGAGACUUUGCGACGGGUGUUAGUCAGUGAAGGAAAACAUUGGUGUGAUCUCCAUUGUUUGGACCCGAAGCUGCUCCCUCAAGAGACUGCCGUGGCACCGACCGGGUACUGAGCAGUGUAUCAGGGUGAAGUCUUCACAUCGGUGGAUGGCCUUCACUCGUUAACUGUAUUAUGGCAGGUCCAAUAGGAAGCGGUUGUAACAUCGCGAUCCACUCUCGUCAAAGUACUGUAAAAACUCAUUUAUGUGUCUUGUUAGAGGUCUUCGUGUGUAGUAUCGCAGUGUGUUUUAUACGAGCUGUACUGCAUUUCGAAAUGCUAAGCCAGCGAGGCCGGCGAAUCAAAAUACAAACAACGAGUGAAUCAUGAAGAGAUACCUUACACCGAAGCAGCUAACAAGAGAUUUAUCGUCCAACUUAUGAUUAGCAACAAAGAAAACUACGAAAAAGAGUAAAAUGAGGCGAGCGCGUACGCAUUGGUUAACUUUUUUUACGGUGCUAAUAAACUACCAACUAGAUUUUUACCAUACAAAUAAGCGUAUUACUGCUACGCCCCAGUCAUACUCGUUUCGCACGUUAUUUUUAACAAUACUAAGAGGAGUUGGAUAAUAAAUCGUGAUACAUAAUUGUAAAAGCCACCAUUUGAAGCCAAUGAAUAACGCGGUUGUUCAUGUAUAUUUUCUGAUUCACAGAAAGCCGUCCUAUCCAAAUUUCUUCUCGUUCCUGAAGUCAAGGUUGCUUUAGAGGGCCAAGAAAUCGUACUCAGAUGGGAAUUCCGUCUCACUGACGUUGAUAACGAAGACAUUGAAACCGUGCAAUUGAGUCGAAAGUCAACGCAAGCGUCUCAGCCCCUAGUACUUUGGAAGGUUGAGAAAAAUGUUGAAAAAACAAUCGCAGAGUAUACCAAUCGUCUAUCAGUGAAAAGCAGAAAUAAGGGAGACGAUAAUCUAAUCUGCAGUUACACGUUCAAACUUUCGAACGUUACCUUCAAAGACGAAGGGGAAUAUCAGUUGAAAGUUGAGUUUGCACACGAAAAGCGUCCCCUGAAAAGUGAAGUCUCCCUUGAUGUUUACGGUAUAUCACAAAAACUCUUCAUGUGUUGUUUAUCUUUUCAAAUUAGUAGGGUACUUGCCAGAGGUUUUCAUUAUCAGUACUUUCAAUUACAGGUCUUGCAUCUUUCCUUUGAACCUGCGUGUGCCUGGUGUGAGAACUAAGCAUGCAAAUGACACCAGUGUUUCUUUUUUCUUCUGCGCGACAGAAACUAAAUCUCGAAUUUUUCGCAAAAGAGGAAGUUCAUUGUUGAAAUAGUACACGCAUACCACAGAACUGACGAACAGACUUUGAAGAUGUUAUUUGUUUAGAUUGAACCACCGAUAAAAUGAAUUUGAACUAGACCAGGAGCUCCUGACUAGAAACAAUGCUGACACAAUGGACAACCGUGCACGCAACUUAAAACAUUGCUUUUCUAGAAAAUUGAAGCGAACUUCAAUCAAUUAUGAAAAUCAAGUAAAAUGGUAAUUCAUGAUGACGUCGAUGAUGACGAUAGCACUGAAGAGUUGAGGAGAACCCUCGGACCCUGGUCACAUACUAAAAGAACGAAUGAACAUCGCUAUCAGUUUUCCGCGCAUUGUUUGGCGCCCAAAUGGCACGUGACUGUAUUAACCCACUGUUUCGAUAUCGACUUUCUAUUUAAGCUAAACUCGAACUUCGAUUAACAAAAAAACAUAGACGUUAUGUGAAUCAGUCCGUCAGUCGCUCAACUGGCUGAUUUGUUGUUGGAAAAACUUUUUGUAUUGACAGGGCGUCCGAAGAUAACUGGAUACGAGAACGAGAAAGGAAUUUACAAAGAAGGGGAAAUGCUCCUUCUCGCUUGUGACGACGUUGAAGGAAAACCAAGCAAAUUGAGAUGGAUGAGGGAUGGAAAUGUUAUUCCACACAAGACGCAAGGCUAUUUUUUGAAAGUCAAGAAACUGUCCAGAUCGGACGAAGGGGCUUAUGUAUGUUGCGCAGAAUAUCCACUUGGUAAUGUCAGCAGUUUAGAAGUUCGCAUAAAAGUACAGUGUGAGUAUCUUUUCUCGCUAUUAUAAUCAAUCUGAAUGAUAAGAAUCGCUAAUCACUGUUAAGUAUGGUCAUGAAUCAAAGCAAUUUGAACUUUAAAAUGGCAUGGUAGAUCUAAAGAAGAGAUUAACUAUUCGGGCUGUACGAUAAUUUAAUUAAGGUGCUGAAUGACUGGCAAUUAGUCUACCGUUUUAGGUUGGGAUUUUGUAAGGUAAAGACUAGGUUUACACAUGCCCAAGCUUAUCUCGUUUUCUUUGAAAUGAACAGGCCCGGUUUUGGCAAAGGCUCACCAGUUACUUAAGUUAGAAUGGCUCAUGCCAUAUGGUAGUAUUUUUUACCCCCACGGGAGUAAGAGCAGCUUUUGCCCAAAACUUACAGCAUUCUAUUUAAAAAAGAUUAUCUAAUAACCCAUUGUAACCAGUACGUGCACUCCUUUCCCUGCCAAGUGGUACAUAGGGGCUCCCAAGGGGUUUUUUUCCCUAGGAGGUUUCUGUGACCCAACAGCCGCUCUUGGGGUCAGGUAGUCAGUCCAUCGCCCAGCCUCCACCCAACCCUGAUUUUGUAAACGCAGAUCACAGCACCAGGAACUACGCUCCCUAGUCUGUUCGAUCGGUGUGUGGGUUCUUUUACGUCUCCCUCCGGUUUUAAGUGUGGAGGUAAAUGAGACAAGGCCAACGGCUUCACCUCACUGCCCAAAGUAAUUGUAACCAGUAAUUUUCAAGGUCUGCCGUUAGCUAUUGUUAACUUUGUUCUUCUCUUAUUGCAGAUGCUCCUUCUAUCUACUUUCCCUCGGAUACACAGACCGUGCUAUCGUGGAAAGGGCAUCCAACCACACUGAACUGCUCCGCGGAGGGGUUUCCUCCCGCAAUGUUUUCAUGGACACGCGCUGAUGAGAAAAGGCUUUAUGGUGAAACAGCUGAUAAUACUGGCAUUUUAACUAUAACUCCGUCGCUGGAUUUUCAUUUUACAAACUACACUUGCAUAGCUCGCAAUACAAUUGGUGAAGACAGAAGAAUGUUCAUUCUAAAACCAAUACGUAAGUAUGCCUCCUUUACUAUUUUUGAUGUAACAAAAAACAUUACACGAGAAACAUACAAUAAAAUUUGUGCUGCAAACUUCAAAUUGAUAAGGACGGUGAUAACAAGCAUUUAACAAGCAUUUUCAACAUUUUCCUGUUGAUCGGGUGAUUUCCGAGAUCAAAACUACCGACUCUCCAUUUUUCAUUUUUGAGUUUAUAAAUAAGUAAGACCUUUAUUUACCCUCGGCAGUUUAUUUAGCACAAAGGCUAGUGGGGCCGAGCAAAUACAUGACACAAAUAAUUCAAAUAAACGUAACAUGAUAAGAAUUCCAAUUGGCGGGAGGCAAGACGAUUGGCUAUUUACAAGGAUGAGUUGAACCAGGCACUUACCCAGAACAACACCAGCUAGUAGUCAGAGCGGGAUUUGAACACGGGUAACCGUAUUGAAAUCCAGCGCCCUUAAGACCACUCGGCCAUCCUGCAUUCUCCUUGCCCAGACUGUUUCCAAUAAUACCCUCAGCGAGAGAUCCCCUGUUAGACAUCAGAUCAUAUGACCUUAAAAUACUUCGAUCACUGUGAGAAUGAUUAGCUUGCCACUCUUUGUAGUGGAAAAAUGAACGGCGCUAAAGAUUUCCGUAAUUAUUAAUGCGAAAGCACGUACAAACUAUAGCUUUCUGUUGGAUAACAUGCUGUUUGCUCUUUACGAUAAUUUUUCAUGAUUAUUAUAUGCAUGACUACGAAACGUACAAACGUUUCCGCAUACUUUUGUCUGCAGGUCCACCAACCCCCCCAGUAAUCACAAAUGUUCGAGUUAAUCACAACGCCCUUAAAGUUACGUGGAAACUGCCGUCCUCUAAACAAAACACGCCGAUCACCGGGCACGUUAUGCGCAUAAGGAAAGAAUCUGCAGGGCCAAACAUAUGGAAUGAAAUACACUUUAGCAAACAAAGUAAUUAUUUUAUUGUAAGAAACCUGACUGCGAGAACCAAUUACAGUUUGUGGCUGUUCGCAACUAACGUAGCUGGACGAAGCAAUGCUUCAGCGGUAAAGCAUGUGAAAACGCUCCAGAAGGGUAAGCAUUGUGUGAUCCUUUGUGCCAACAAAGCUUGCUAGUUAUUGAAAAAAUGAGUUGGUUUUGUUACCGUGGUUAUGAGUGAUGUCUUUGACAAGAACGGGCCUGUUUUGGUUUUUCCAUAAGGGACUGUUCAUUUAUAUGGAAUGGGGAGGGGGGAGGGGGGAGGGGGGAGGGGGGGGGGGUGAUUUCCAAAUUGUAUGAACCCCCCCCCCACGCUUACCAGUUUUAGUCACGUAACACCCCUUAAAAGAAUUUUUGGGAAUGAUCUCCCUCCAAAAUAAGUUAACCAAGCUAUUUAUCUACCCUAUUAUCUCAGAAUUUCGCUCAAGCCCUCCGCCCCCUUUCCUUUCAUGUUUUUUUGGCCAGCCCCCAUCAAAUGUAAUUUUUUUAGGCGUGCCCCUUCCCCCACAUCCCACCAGCCGUCCCUGAUCCAUAAAGCUCAAAACACCAGUCCAAAGAAAUAUUUCAGAGAAUUUAGUCUUAUUUGAUUUGAUGUGACAGUUAGCAACAGAUAUAGUAAAUGCAAUUAAAAAAAGCAUUGGCCAGAACAGUGGGCCAUAUAUUUUCAUUUACCAUUCACUGUACACUCUUAAAGCCGGUUACACACGAUUGUAAUCAUAAUGGCGCUCGUAAGGUCUGAGUAUAGGCUCGCGAACAUUGUUGACCAACAAUAUCCAACAAUUGUUGGGACAACAGGCUGUGUGCAUUUGAACAGUGUCUUGCUGGCAGUUUACACAACAAAAUCCAACGACUCGCGGUAACUUCCAUCAAGAUAUUGACACGCACCCAUCGAGUUAAACCCAACAAUGACGGAUAUUUUCGGCCAACAACGUCGUGAGCGUUUGCACGGGACCUGAGAACAACAACUAAACGGAACGUUUGUUUCUCUUUGCUAUGCAGGGUUCCCAGGUUCACCAAGUCUUCACUUUGAAAAUGUCAAAAUUAAUCAUAGUUUUUACAACGUCACAUGGGAUUACCCCCGGGACGUCGGCGGAGAUGACGUAACUUUGUUUACCUUGUGGUACCGUGAAAUUGCGACAAACAACAGCACUCAAGGGAAAUGGCGAAACCUCAAUACAACAAAAACCCGAUUUCAUCUAAAUCUUAACUGCUGUUUAACUUAUGAAGUUACAGUGACAGCUUGGAAUAGAUACGGUCACAGCUUUUUUGACCCUAACAACGAAGCAAGAAUCACCGUUUUAAGAGGUAUGCCCUUUUUCAAACUUUUUUUUUUGGUCACCGCUUAAGUAGCACAGCUGUUUAUCUAAGAAAACCUGAAUAAUCGCUUUCUUUUAAAGAAAAGAUACAGUUUUAGUAUAUGUUAUGAAGGAAAUUGUCAAUUUAAUUGUUAUGAGUACAAGUGCCGUUGAGCGUAAUGGGUUGGGGAGAGGGGGGGCUGCUAUGACUCAUUUCUAACACUUUCACUUUCCCUGUUUUGUAAGAAUUUUACUGAUAUUAUGAAGUGAAUCUUGAUUCACUCAACAGAUCUCCCAACUAAUACGACCGUGACGAGCACUGGUUCAGAGGAUUCUUGUGACACUUGUAUUGCUAAAAGUAUGUACAUUAUUACAGAAAGUACAUGUAGUUAGCAUUUAUAGCUACGUUUUAAGGCCUUUCACAUGGUCACACGGCCUUCUAUGAUUUAUGGGCAUCUAUGCAGUAGUAUUUUUACUUUCAAAUUAAAUAGUAUGUAAAAUCUAAGAGCUCUAAAAGAAGGAUGCUUGAAAAAUCUUCACAGUGGUAAAACAUAUGCGCUACGCGUGAGCAUCUUGAUUACAACUUAUCUCAGGGGACAAACUGCUCAAACGAAUUCAAGCCACUUACUUAUGGUGCACCUUGGGAAGCUAUUGUAGAUGAAUAUUUAAUAAUAAACUCGUUUCACACUCCGCUGUCAGGAAGUAAAAUAUAUGUGUGCCCUUACUUCAGAACUGGCAUUUCUUGGCAAACAAUCCCAAAAUUAGCAAACUGAAGACAUAUUGGUUUGCCAUAUAGUCAAAUGAAAUCCCAGCCGUAGUUUCUCAUCAAGGCUAUUCGUUUUGACAUAUGCUUUGUACAAAAUAAGUUCUUUCCUUUUGUUCACAUUUAGAAAGCACCAAAAACAGGAAUUCAGAGAGGAGACCAGUUUUAAAGUUUUUACAAUACACUGCUAUCCUGCUGAUACCACUCAUAGUUGUGCUAACAAGGCUGUUAGUCAGGAGCUUACGGACCUGCAAGAUAAAGCCGAUUCACGGUAUGUAAAUUAAUGUUUUCUUUUCAAGAAUGGAACGAAAAACAAAAUGUGCCUGUGUGAAGACCUUAAUUCCCAAUAGCCUCACCAUGCACCACGACAGGAUGCAAAGGAUACUGAGCAAUUUGCACCUCCAUGCAUGAUGCAAACAUGUUUAUAAGAUCUAAAUCGCCGCACGAUUGACUGCAAGGGUUGAUUUUCAAUAUUUGCCAAACUGCAAUUGAAAUUAUCCAGCUGGCGACAUCUUGUUUAUAUUCGCCAGUGUUUAUAUAUGGAUGGAUAAAACGUACUCAACUAUAUGUCCUUUCAAAUAACUUUAUAGAGGUUAAGAUUGAUGGUGUUGAAGAGCCUGCAGAUGAACUGCAAAUACUUGAAGCGUAAGUAUUUAGCCGCUUUAGAGUGACUUUUUCAGUUCGGCAUUCGUCUUUAUUCACGUUUUUGUUCACAUCAGGCGAUAUACAAGUAUUUAAGUGGUAUUUGUGAAGUUUUAAUAACACCACUGAAAUACUAGGACGCAGAGAGGCAAUCAAAAGUUGGUGGAAAAAUUCAUAACCUUGAUUGGCCUUUGUUCUAGCAAGGCCUAUUCGAUUGAAAAACAUGUGGCAUUCUCUCCAAAAUACCUCCUUAAAACAAAUAAAAAAAAACCCUGAAAACUGUGAUGAUUAAGUUUCUGGUAUGAAAGCCCGUAAAUAAGCGUUAGUUGUCUUAAUAAAAAUGAUGCCCCCCCCCCCAAGAAAACACAGGGCUGCAUGUUGUCAUUUUCUUUACCACUACUGCGCACGCGUCUCGCUACUAGCUCAUACAUACUAAUCAGUUCUGCUACAAGCGCGCUUUUGUAGCGCGUUAGAUUAACGCACUCGCGUUAGCGCGUUUCUAACUAACGCGUUUGAAGCAUGUUAACGUGGAUGCUUAUUUUUGAGCUGUACUGUAUGCCUUCUUCAACUGUAUGCUUUUUCUUUCAUGUAGCGCGCCUGGUCCCCAUCUCCCACUAUGGGAGUUUCCACGUGGUAACUUGGCAGUCGAAAGAGUGAUUGGCAAUGGCGCAUUUGGUGUUGUGUCUAAAGCAUAUGCCCGUUAUCUCCCUGGCCACGAGGAAUGGACCACUGUAGCAGUCAAAAGCUUGCAAGGUAACACAUUUAAUAAUUUCCUCUUUGUAGCCCUAUCAGCAAGGGUUUCUUUAUAUAUAAGAAAUACGACAAGACAGGAAAGUAAGAUGAACCAUUUCAUGAUAAUGUUGUUUUUACCCACCAGAAGAAAUUACCCUCUCCAUGCAGUCUACAACAAUAGCAAUGUAAUUUCUGAUUGGAAUUAUGGAACUACAUGUAUCCCGGUGCCAGUGGUUUCAAGUACAACUUGAAAUCGAUAGCAGUGUAUUCAAUUCCGUAGAAACCUCAAAACAAUUCCCUGACAUCAAACGCAUGCCAAAACCAGAGCCUAGCACUGGUCAAUGUCUGGUAUAAAAACCAGGGCAUCCUGGUUCUUUUACCAGGCUUUUUAGGCUCAACACUGUGUGCAAAAAGUCUGGCAUGCCUGUGGCUAGUCUGGUAACCCUGGUCUUGCCAAUAAUCAGGGUUACCUGAAGGAUUUCCCAAGGCUCUAAAAAUUCGUGGUUGACCAGGGUAACCCUGCUGGAAGCAUCUGGUAGUACCCAGGCUUACCAGGCUCAACCCUGUGUGCAAAAAGCAUGGUAAACCCUAGUUGUGUCAAUAAACCAGGGUUACCAUGGUCAGGGUAACCCUGAUAGCCUGAUAAUUAUUGUGUCAUGAAUGAAUCCCAGGAUUUAAAUGUGGAAAGAGAUUAGAAGCCAUCAGAACACAAAUGCAAUGGCUUCCAUGAUUAACUCAACCUCAUAAAUGUAUCUUAAAUCAUAGGUAUAUUUACAGGAAUCAAUUGUUUUAGGAACUUAUAUUAUGCUGAAGUUACUGUAUUACCUCAUCUGUUUGUGUUACCCCACUUAACCUUUAUCACUUCAUCCUCUAUUCGCUACAUUCAUACUGUCAAUCAUUCUGUAAAUAUAAAGAUUUACCAUGCUGAUGCAUAUCUAGGAAAAAAGAGAUUUUCAUAUUGUUGCACUUGGCCUGCUACUGGCUAACAACAAUAACAACGACAUUGACUUUAUUUUUAACAAUUAAAGUCCAGUUCAGAUGCCCCUCCACUCACGUGCCGAACCUAACUGAAUUAAGUUCGACUUUGGAGUGACAAUGGGGCGACAGCUGAUUCACACGGCAUACCGUAUGUCGAACCUAAUAUGUAUUUUAUAUACAGAGAAGGCAUUAUACAUUUAUUCGUUGUCAUAAUUAAUGCAUUUGGUUCGGCACAUGAGAAGAACGCCGUAUGAAUCAGUUGCCACUCCAGUGUCGAAUAAUGCGGCAGACCUUGUCGAACUUAACAAUAUUGCGCACUGAAUUAAAACUGCUGUACCGAACUGAUUCAGACACCACUCUUUUGGUGGACUUAAUUCACCAAUUAGGUUCGGCACAUGAGUGGAGCGGCACCUGAACCAGGCCAAAAUCAACAAAGGCCUUUGUAGCCUGCAGUUAGCAUAGUUAACAUAAUAAACAUAGUAUGAAUUGUUACAAAGUGGUGGCACAAUGAUGAAGUGAUGGUUAUUUCAACAAUAGUGGACAAAACUAUUCGAGAAAACAGGCCUCUUUGAGUCCAAAACUAUUUCUCCAAUCUCCAUGAAUUAACAAUAAUUAUUUCAAAGAACAAGAACAUGUACCAACCCCCCCCCUCCCCCCCCUGGUCCCAUCCCCCAAUCCCUGUUCACCGUAGGAAGGUGCCCAUUUGCUAGGGGAAGGUUUAGGGGAUGCAACAGCAUUGAAUUUAGGGUGGGGGGAGAAGGGAAGCUUUUAAAAUCAGCUCAUUAUUUUUUGCAUGUAAAUGGGUUUCCAAACUCCAUUUUUUAAACAAUGUUUGAUCCAACCUUACCUUUAAAUUCAAAAAUUAACCUGGUCCCAUCCCCAAAUCCAUGUUCACUGUAGGAAGGUGCCAAUUUGCUAGGGAAAGGUUUAGGAGAUGCAACAGCAUUGAAUUUAGGGUGGGGGCAGAAGGGAAGCUUUUAAACUCAGCUCAUUAUUGUUUGCAUGUACAUGGGUUUCCAAACUCAAUUUUCUAAACAAUGUUGUAGCAACUCUGACCUUUAAAUUCAAAAGUUACUUACCCAGGCCCAGAAUACACCCAAGAGACAUUUUUACAACACAUUUUUACAAGGAGGCAGCACAACAGUGUGCACUAAUGUUGAAUGUCACCUGGCUGUAACCAAUGUAUCACAGUUUUACACAAAAAUGAAGUCAUUUGCCUUUUAUUCUAAAGACAAAACAGCAAGCACUGGAGCUACAUAUAUUUCAAAGUGCUGAGGACUUUGAAAUUUGAUCAUACACUUAGCAAAAGCAACAUUUCUUGUAAUUGUUCUCCUCUGCUCAACAGAAAACCAUUUGAAAUGUCACUUUUCUGAACAAGACUAACAGCUAUAUCUAAAUAGAGGCACAGCAAGUAGGAUUAGGAAAGAUUUCCGCACGUCCCCAUACAUUAAUUAGUGAGUUUAUGCAACAGGACGGCAGAAAGAAGAGGACGGCAAAACGCCUGUGCGUGACAAACGUGACAGGCCUGUUACGUAUGUGUUUUGUGGUGAUCUUCACUUAAGUUAAUGUUUUCUGGUCUUUUACAAAAAGACCUUUUUAAAGGAGGGUGAAGUACGGCGGAAAAGUUGUUCAAACAAAGUUAUUGUCACGCUCGUCACACAAAGUUUGCCGUCUUCUUUCCUCUCCCGUCCUGUUGCGUAAGUUCACUAUUAUACACUGUACAUGCAUCAAUGGCAUAGUAAACCUGUUUCAAAAACGAGUAGAGUUUGAGUAACAAAAUGCAUGUAUAAUAUUAUUAAUGUAUGGGGCUGUGCGGAAAUUUUGCCCAAAAGCUCAAAGCUGGCUUAUUUUCUGCGACCUGUCAGCGUUGCAUUUGGGACAUGUUCAACAGAAAAUAGCACAACGCGCUACGUAUGAGAUGGAGGUAAUGAUGAUUGCACACAAAAUAGAGAAACACGAGAUGCAAACGUUUUUCAGCUACAGUAGCAAAGUUCCAGUGUCGAAACGAGGUAAAUGGGAUCAGAGAUCACAACCCCGGGAUCUGGGAUAACGAGUGAUGGGAUCAGGAUCAGCAAAUUUUAGUGGGAUCAGGGAUCAGACAUUCUCAAGUAUUUGGGAUCAAGGAUCAGAAUUUUGGGUCAAAAAAUGGGAUCUUACUUCGUUACGACCCUGACAGUUCAAGACUUACCACUAAACGGUCACGGAGCCAUUCGUCACAUGAUGUUCACAUAUGUUUGAGGUUUGGGCUUUUUUAGCUACUGUAUAACUAAUACGUCCCAAGAAAACGCGUGUGAAUAAACAAGUACCUCCUCCAAAUUCAAAAAUGGCCGCCUGUGAGGCAGCUGUGUAACCGCGCUGAUUUCGAGUCAUGUGAUUUUCUACCCCAGCUGACCACAGGAAACGUAGGCGCCAAUACCGGAGUCCGUCCUGGAUAGAGGGUGUCAAUGGGGUUAACCGAUAGGCGUAAAACGGCCAAAAAUUGGGUCGAUAGCCGUAAAAAUUGAAAAAUUUUAACCGUUAGCCGUAAAUAGGGUAAAACAGAAUUAAGCGUAAAAGAAAGUGUUCCGUAGAUUUGCUACUUUUAAGGGAGGUACUAAACUCACUUAUGCUUGCGAUUUUUAUUUCCCGGCUAGUGUGACUCCGUUCGCACGUUAGGCGAAGCGCCUUUUAGGUGUCGUCCAAAACCUAGGCUCCAUUUCCGCCACUCUCUCGGGGAACUAAUUUUUUCCAUAGCGAAAGUGUGGCUUCUUGUUAGGGAUUAAUAUUUGCAAUUUUUCAGGAGGUCGUGCCCUCGAAACACUAGUGAAACAACACGCAGAGAUGUCAAUGUUUGUUAAACACGUUGCCGAUAAACAACAUUUCCCUGUUUUUCUCUGACGCUACCGUAGACAUUGCCAGGCCUAGUCCCUGUACGGCGUCUUUCCACGCAAUCUCGGUCAAGGCAUUUCCGUCGCGAACUCGCUAGGACCACGUGACCCGAAACGCAUUAGCCGCGCGGAAUAAUGAGGCCUACGGACAAGGCAACGGCAGACAGUCGUUCCGUAUAGUCCUUCGCUAUCAUUAAAAACACUGGACACGGGAAUUUGGUUAUUGGCCGUUUUCACGCUAGAGCUAUAGUAAUGGAUUACCUGUCUGAGACUAGUCUGUGUACAGUCGCGCCCUCCCCACAGACAGCCCUUCUCUGAUUUUUCUGAGCGGAGGGUGCGCCUGUACACAGGCUAUCUGGAACGGAUAAUCCCGUCUUCAAACUGUCCGUCAAAAUUGACGGAUAAAGUCAGGCGGAUUGUUCAUUCAAAAUUACAACUAUUCCAUUUUCAAAUUAAGAAGUAUUACCUAUCUGACGUGAAUCAUCAAACGGAUAAGUCGUCUCACACAAAUAAUCCGGUCUAGUGAAAACGGCCAUUUCUGUUAUAAUGAAUGUCGCGCCCCGGCCUUGAGUUGGGCGUUUGCGUCUCCGCUUUUGCUUUUUCACAAAGAUUGUUUUUAAAAUGACUAUUGACAUUUCUAUGUGUAACAUAAUAUUAGAAGUGAAAUACUUUAUAAAAAGUAUGAUCUAUCAAGUAAUAAAAUUUUUCAAAAGAAUAACUUGUUUCAUCCCGAGAUGAUCCGAAGACCUUUAUUUUGAUUUAAAAAUACAAAAAAUACAGGUUAAUUAAUAUUUAACUUUUUGAAACAAAAGAAGUUAAUGUUUAACUUUUUUGUUAACCGUAACUGAUUAAAAUUAACCGAUACCCGUAAAAGAGCCAAAAUUUUAGCCGAUAACCGUAAAAGCCACCACCCCAUUGAGACCCUCUGGAUACGGAUAAGAUACGGAUAGUUUUGCUGAAGGUCCUGAAGAAACAGUUUUGUAUUAGGAACUUCUAUGUUCCUUUCGAACAAAAAUCGUGAACGAAAGCCACCUUUUUCACUAUAACUUACCCAAAGAAAAUUACAAAAACAGAUACCGAAAACUAUGAAAACGAAGAAAUGCAAAUGGUUCAGGCCGGCCAAAAUUAUGCCAAGCUAGGCGGCCAGUAUACAAAGGAAGUGCGUUUUCCUUAUGGUAAAGUCUCAGAUUUCGUGUUGAUUUUUUUUAGGAACUUUUUAUUUUCUUUUUCAAAAAAAAAGCGGGACAAAACCCCCCUUUUUCCCAAAAACAAACCCAAAAAAAAAAAAAAAAAAAAAAACCAAAAAAAAUGAAAACGAAAAAAGGAAAAAGGUUAAGGCGGGCCAAAAUUUUGCCAAGGAAGGGGGCCGGGAUAAAAAGGAAGGGCGUUUUCCUUUUGGGAAAGGCCCAGAGUUCGUUUUGCCCCCCCCCCCCCCCCACCCACCCCUAGCGAUGAAGUGUACAUGUGUUACUAGACAACGGGUAUUUCCUCAAAAGUCCCGGCUAAACAAUCAAACAUUUCGUCCAACAUCGUGCUGAACGAACAUGUUUGACCGUUUAGCCGCGUCUCUUAACAUUGCGUUUGAAUCGCUUCCUAUGAUUGAUGUAGGUCAAACACUUCCAUCCAACUUUGAUUCCAAGCAAAUAUUUCACCGUUUACCCACCUCUUCAAACAAAGCAAGCCCGAGCAGGAAAAAAGCAACCAAUCAGAAACCGAACAUUUGGUUUUAUCAAAGGAGUUGAUAAAUGUAAAUUGACCACCGACGAAGCUCGAAACGUCAACUUUCAGAAUCCCUGUACGGUGGCCAAUUCACAUUUAUCAACUCCUUUAAUUGAACCAAAUUUUUAUGUACAACUCCCUCACCGACGCGGCUCGACAGUUUCUUUAGAAACUAUCCCGUUUAGAAACCGAAUCUGCCGACAUCCACGUCAUAAUUUCAGUGCUGAUACACAGGAAGUGUUACGUGGACUGACUUUGCUCGUUGUUUGAGUACACACCACAAACGGUGUUGGAUGAAAAGGUUUCAUCGUAUAGCCGGGGCUUUGAGGAUAGUAAAGCGAGUGAAACCAGCUAGCGUGUGCGAUGAUUGCCGCGCGCAAGGAGACGCUGUUUCACUCGUUAACCCUUUAACUCUGAAAUCUGAUUAUUAAUUCUCCUUUCUAGAUGCUAUUCAGUUCCUCGUACAUUAGUUAAGAGAAUUUGGGGUUUUAUCAAGAUGACACCCUCUGGCUUAUAAGUUUAAUUGUCUAUUCUCAUCUCCUGUCUGCUGGACAAUGCAUUUCGAUAUUAUAAGGACAAGUUACAUUGUAAUCACUUCUGGGAGUUAAAAGAUUAAUUCCUACCAAGAAGAAAAAGAACGGACUGUUCGCAGUUCGGGGUAUUAAAGACGUUCGCGUGAAAAUUUUCCAACACUGAUUCUUUUCUGAGACGUUUACCACUGUAAGAUGAUGAGUUCGUUAUGUCAGAAAUGUAAAAAAAUGGGGGGUCACCGACUUCGUUUUGGAGAUAACACUGCCCAGAGGAACAUUAAAUCUGAAAAAAUCGGGCCUCAUUAGCGAAUAAGGCCACAGUGUCUGUAAGACCAAAAAUAUUGCAAUUAAGUCUUUGAAGUGAGAUGUUCUCUGCCAAAUAUUGUUUAAGUGGACCUGUUAAGUGAAUUUAGUCAACUGGUGAGGUUCCUUAAAGAACAAGUUCGCAUUUAGCGACCACAUUUUCACGCGCCUUGCAGCCGCAAGAAGGCAGGAUUCGAUGUCCCGUGGACAUUUUUUUUAACUUCCCACAUUGAUUUUUUGUUCAUUUUUGGACAAUGUGGAGAUAAUUGUAAAAUAAAAUCUGUUUCUGGAAAGAAAAGUAGAGGUCACCGACCAUUUAAGAGAGUAAACUGAUGGCGAAGGGAACGCAACAGCUACCAUCCUUUUACCUGCUUAGCUUUCUUCCCCAGCGCGCACACGUGGCAGCACCUUACGACAUGGAUUUCGGGCGCAGUAGGGAUGCGCGUGAACAAUUAGGGUGAACGUCCUUAACGAAUUUCGAAUUCCUACUUCUUUUAACAGAUGGUUCAGCUGAAAGCGAGAGGAGAGAUUUGCUCUCUGAACUGAACCUUUUAAAGAAACUAAAGCCUCAUCCACACAUAAUAAGGCUUCUGGGCUGCGUGACAACAGACCAAGGUAAGAUACGUUUUCAUUGUAGAUUAUAUAAUAUAAAGCUGCAUUAUGCAUGCAUUGUGAUUGGCUCUUACUUAUGAUCUACUAGGGGACAGACGCUCAGAUGACGUCAUCAUUAAAAAAAAUUCCCUCCAUUUCUUUUAAAUGGCAGAACCUUUUGAAAAUUUAGAGGACAUUUGACCAAAUUGGGCGAAUGAAGACAUAGAACAGUGGCACACUCGGCUAUCGCCUUAUGUUCCAAUGUUUUGUUCUUACCACAUUUCGACAUCAUCUGUAAUCAGUUACUGAACAGACGCACGGCAACAGGGAAUCUAUUUGUUAAAUCGAUAUCUUGGGCUAUAUAUCCUGCGAUUUUGGUGGGUAUAUCCGGUAUAUUUGGAACAGGGCGUUAAAAGAUUUGGAGUCACAAUUUAGAACGUAAGAAUGGAAGCGGAAAUUGAUUUCAAUACCUAAUUAGAUAGUUAAAGAUGAGGAACGUUUGACACAAAAGCAUUCUGAGGUUAGAGGCUUCACAUAAUUAAGGUGAUUCCUCACAUUUGCAUGGCGCAUCCUUACCGCGCAUAAUUUAUGGCGCAUUAGCACGCGUUCGUGCACGUGCACAUUGAAAACAUGGCGGAUUUGCCUUGAUAUUGAGCUCUGUCAGUGGAAAAAUGGCUACAACUCACUAAGGAGCACGGGCACCCCAUAUUUUUUUCCUGUCAUUUUAAUCAACUAAUCAUAAGCUUUGCGUGAGAAAAGACUGAUCUGAUUUCUGUUGUUGAAAAUUGAAUAAAUAAGGAAAAUAACGGCUACUCUAUGGUCUUCUCUAUUUUGCAGUGUGAUAACCAUGGGAAGCAAUUUGGUUCAAAUUUUUAAUCAAGGAUUCAGCUUUCACUCUAAGUCCAGCUUAAAAAGUUUAUUUGUGUCCGACACAAUGUAUUGGCUGUAGUUUUAAGGCGUGGUUUCAUGAGUUUGGGCUCACAAAGAUUUUACAAUAACUUGGAAUGCGUUCUUAUAAUGAGCAUUAAAUAAUGCCAAAAUGGGGCAUUUUCAACGCCCCACUGCUCUUUAAUGAGCAUGGUCACCCCCAUUUAUUAUUUCAAAAUUGAAGUUCUCAUAUGAUAAAUUUUCGGUGGAUGAAGUUUGAACAAAAAUCUAUUGCCAGUUUUAUUUCAGAGGAAUUACCUUAAAUGAUCUGCUUGUUGUUUAGAGAGACCCCUUGUGAUCAUCGAGUACGUGCCGUAUGGUGAUCUGCUCGGAUACCUAAGAAGGAGCCGAGGAGUGAGCGACUGUUACUAUGACAAUCCUGAUAUCAAACCUAUGACAAGCCUGACAUCGGAGGAGAUGUUAAAAUUUGCUUGGCAAAUAUCGGAUGGUAUGCGGUACAUCUCCUUUAAGAAGGUAACGGUUGCCUUCCAAUAUAGAUUAUUGUAAGUUUUAGCUUCCUUAUUUUGUCCCUCAGUAUACAUCUUAUUCCAAAAUGGUUCCCAUUCUAUUCUCUUUUUUAAAUUUAAAUUAGCCCUUGCUGCCUCGUUCGAGAUAAAAUAUUCUUUUGAAUUUUGCUCUUAAGAACCAGGCAACAAGGGCUAAUUUGAAUAAAAAACAAAAGAAUGUUAGAAUGGGAGCCAUUUUGGAAUAAGGUGUAUUGAAUUUGUUUGUUGUGAUUGUUGUUGUUGCUCCUGUUGUUGUUUGGUGUUGUGAAUCGAGGAAGGGCGUGGCCAGCUAGACCUGUUAAAGGGCCAAUAAUGACGCUCUCAUUAACUGCAUUAAGCCUCAAGGACUUCUUAUCAUGAAAGUAGUACGGAUAGUGUGUCUGGUUGUUUACUAUUUACCCAAAAAAUCCGGAGAUUUCGGAUGGAAUUUAAAUGGGAAGCCUAUUUUUUUCUUCCCGAACGGAAAUUUCCACAGGAAAACGGGAUUUCUUGAAAGGUAGUCCAAAAUUUCUAACCGGAAUUUCCGAACGGAAAAUGUGUGUACCAUUUGCGAUUUUCACUAGUUCCAAGCCCUACUCCAAUUUUGAUGCGUGUCACGUGUUAUUUAGUAGGGGUUGUGCAAAUGCUACACGCCAAUCCUGAACGGAAUUUUUCAUUGGGGAUUUUUGCUUACCAUUUGUACAAACCGUCGGCCAACCGGUUUUCCCGUGUAAAUGGUAAACAACCUCUGAGUUCCGCAAAACGGGAUGAUGACGAUACAUCAAUUCACAUCGGGAUUACUUUGUUUGUACUUAACCACCAUCUCGGUUCAUUCUAAUUCCUUUUUAUUAUUAUUAUUAUUAUUAUUAUUAUUAUUAUUAUUAUUAUGUUUCCAAAGCCACAAAAAUUGCCUUAAUGGACUUGCAAUUUAUCAAGAUAUUUAGAGAAAAACGAAAAAUUAAAAUCAAACAAAGCAAUUCUCCUUAGUUCACAAGUGACAUAUGGACACACCCAGGAGAUGACUUAUGGCAGACGCGUGAAUAUCAUGCCUUUACUUUAAGUAUGGCACAUUCUCGACAUUCUUGUCUUCUUAUAACUUUAUUUCAACUCGGUGGUAGAAUAUAGCACACGAGAUGCUAGUUGGACCGAGAGACUAAGUAAAUAAGAAAAUAAAUACAAUAAUAUGGAUAAUAAAGCAAAUGAAAAUACAAUACGAAUUAAAAUACAUGAUUCUUGAUAACAUUUCUAAAAGUCUUUAAAUUACACGAGGCUCUUAUUUCAUCAGUAAGAGAAUUCCAUAACUUGGGACCAAGCGAUCUAAUAGAGUUAAGAUCAUACGUAGUCGUACAUGUCAUUAGUCUGAUUAGCGUUAGUUCUCGGGGCUUGAGCCGGAAGAAAUCCUCAUCUGUUCCUGCUUAAUUGCUUAGAACGCCUUAAAUAGCGGGCUAAAGUAAAACUGAAAGGCUUAGCUUCAAAUAUAAUAAUGCUGUAUUAUUCUCUGAUUUACAGAUUGUUCACAGAGACCUGGCGGCAAGGAAUGUUCUGGUUGGUGAAAAUUUUACUUGUAAGAUUACUGACUUUGGCAUGGCUCGCGAUGUCAACUUGGAGGAAAUUUAUGUCCCUCGAAAUGAGGUACUAAGUCAUAACAAAUUGUGAAAAAAGCAUCUUUUUUGUGAAGGUAAUUUUUUCAAGAUUAUAAAAAAUGAUCGUGGUUAUUUUUAAUCUUUAGUUUAGUGAUGUACAGGUUGCUCUUAGAUACAGAUUUUACAUAACGGAAAAUAAAAUAACAUGAUAUUUAUCUAUACGAUGGCGGCAACAUCAGUUCGCGGGGGAUUAGUUCCGACAGUGCCAUCGUACGAUGCGGCAGAAAUUCAGCAAUUUCGCUGUUGGUGUUUUUGUCCAACCCUGUAUAGCCAAACUUUCACUAAAUCCUCCCUCCUUCUAUACCGACCUCGAGCCUUCGGCGGCAUCGCUCCACCGAAAAGUUCCAGUGGCGACCAAAAUUGGUUUCCAUCACACUACAAAUCGAAGAUUCUCGUAAAAUAUACGGUACGUAUAUUUUUUACCAAUACAGGAGACCAAAACUGAAAGUAAAUCGCGCGAUGGAGGCGGAUUGCUUAAAACCUUUCUUGCCGUUACAGCGUCUGAAGAGUUUCGUGGUCCACGAUCGGUUGUUUUCCCGCGGUGCAUGAUGGAAAGUGACAAUGGGUCUUAAAUAAACGGUCGGCACAGGACGACAACGACACUGAACACACUCUGGAAUUUCGGACCAUCAACAUAUCUUUCGGGUAGUGUACAGGGUAUCUUUAUGCAGUUGCGACUUCGCGUUCCUUUGACAAUUUUGUACAGUUUCACAAAGUGUUGGAAUAAUGUACUUCCUCCGUACCGCGUUUGCAAGUUCCACGUGAGCUUACCUUUCUUUCGACACCACGCAAACAAUUAAAUGUGAAGACCUUUUGGGCUAAAAUAUAUUCUGAAAACUAUUUUCGACAUCAAGAGUUUUCCCUCCAUACCAGAGAUAAACGAUUCGUAUUCCCUAAAUACGUGCAAGUAAAUUUAUAACUUACGAGUUCGCUCGCUCCUCCAAAAGUGCAUCUGUUUUUGUUGUUGUCAUUUUUUUAAAUGUAAACAAGUCUCUUUAUUACUCAAAUUUUCAAUCUAAUUCGCCUGUUGGAAAAAAUAAUGAAAGCAAAAAUCCAAAGCACUCCAAAACAAGGAAAAUAAGAGUAGAAUUAUACCUCAAAAUUUGGCGUGUUCGCUUUAUGUUGUUUGGUGCCAGGAUUAGGGGUGGGGAGGGGGCGGUACAGUAGUAAAAAUGCUCUUUCGCCAGUCAUACAUCCACAGCAGAAACCCUGCGAUAUAAGUAAUUUUAUGCGUCGGGGAAAAAAAAUGCGGCUUUUUACUCUACAACUCAGUAAAUAAUCUGCUUUGCUUGCCGGUUGAAUAACAAAAUUGAUUGUGGUCAAGAUCUAUAGGUAACUAUGUAAGAAAUGAACCGUGUAUGUUAGUGACUUUCUGUAUUUAUAUAGGUGUAUAAUAUAUUAUCACGGUGUGUAUGUAAUUAAGCAAUCAGGGCCGAGUUGCUCGAAGCAUGGUUAGCGCUAACCGAGGUUAAAUACCAUGACAACCUUUAGGUUUUAAUCCAACUUAACCAAUGGUUAGCCCUAACCAUGCUUUGAGCAACUUGGCCCAGGCAAACAAACAUUAAAAAAAGAUAAAUAUAUAUAUAUAUAUAACAAUUAUUCACCGAAGUGGAGGUGGCUAGUCCUGGAUAUUUACCGAACUGCGAAGCAGUGAGGUAAAUAUCCAGGACUAGCCACCGACACUGAGGUGAAUAAUUGUUUUCGUAUAUACUAAAACAGUGAGAUAAUUGAGCACAAAAAUGACCAUUUUUAACUCAAAUACUGUUGCCAACGAUUACAAUUUUGGCGCGUAAUGACCGGGCGGCCGCGGCCGUCGCUUUUUCUUGCCGACAAUUAAACCUUUUGAAGGCAUUUGUUUAGCUCUUGCGGGGAAAUUUCUUCAAAAGGAGUUGUGAAUUCUUUUUGAAUUUAAAAUCAUUCUAUAAAAAAAGAUUAUUAAAUUUAGUUUUAAGCUUAUUUAUGAACAACUCAACUAAAUAAAGUAAGCAAGACUUAAACUUAAUUUGCAUUUGUAAACAAAAAACUUUUUCACCGGUUUUAUCGAUAAAUUCGUGUCAAAAAGACAAAGCUUUACCUGUUAAAACUUCCAAUCCGAACUUCGUCACCUUCUUCGUGUAUUUCGGAAACAGCUUGCUUGAUUAGUUGUGAAAUUUCUUUGUUUGUUUACGGCAGCAAACCGAGAAGGCAUUUUGCUCGCAACUUGCGCGAGUUUGGCGUCGCUCGCUCGGAGGAACUGGAGGUGAAUCAGUGAAUAGUGCAGGAUAUUCACUGAUUGAGUAGCCAAUCAGAGCGCGCGAAAAACACUAUCUACUGUUUUAGUAUAUACUAAAUCAGAUUAUUACAUGGUUACCAUAAGUACGAGUGAUUUGAUUGGCUGCUAAACGAGCAGGAUUUCUUGUAACGGACGCGGGCAUUACAAAAAAAUUAUCUUCACCCGGCGAUUCUCGUAAAUACAAACGAUAACACUCUUAUCGAGACUUUUUCUCUCAACAUUAGCAGCAUUUAAGCGAGACAAAAAAUAUUUAGGUACAUUCAGAUAAUGAGUUGUGUGAUCCCGGUGCCGGAGGAAGAACAAGCCAAAAUGUAAUUUCCGGUGCAAUACAGUUCUUUGUUUUUUUUUUUUUUUUUCAUUUUUGUUGCAAUAAAAAAGCCAUAUAAUAAACAACUUUUUAACCUCGUCCGUUCGAUCAUUACAGGGAAAUCUCACACGCUCGGACAAUACAUCAAACCCUCAGUCUGAGAUCUCCCUAUAAUAACUUCACUCUCUGGUAAUAGGUAGCAUAUAUCGCAUGAUUUAAGCCAACUUUUGAGCAAAGUAAUCAGGGGAUAUCACAGAUGAUUUCGCAACCCUUGCCUUUCUUUCAUGACAAACUCUUGCCAAAAUCUUUUAUAGGGUAGAAUCCCAGUCAAGUGGACAGCAAUUGAAGCGAUGACAGGUGCAAUGAAAUACACAAGCCAAAGCGACGUGUAUGUUAAAUUUAACGAUUUCCUUAUUAGCGUAUCAUAAAAUGUCUGCACUUUAAUAUUCAUUUGUCAAUCCAAAACUAAAAAUCAAUGACCACCUCCCAGUUACCCUGAAAACUCAAUCUGAAGGGGAUAUGACCUGUUUACAGGCACUGGCCAUGGGCUCUCAAGUCGUUCAAGUCUGAAUUAAAACAAACUUAAGCCGGCCUUGGACCCCGGCUUGAUCUUUUUGAAUCUCCUCUUAUUUUGUUUUUGUUGUUGUUUCUUUGUUUGUUUGUUCGUUUGUUUUCUUUGAAUUUGCUUUUUAUCUCAUUGUCUUGUCCGUGCCCACACAAACAGCGGCUGCAACUUUUAGAUUAUCUGUUCUUCCCUGGAGUAUAAAUGGAUUUUCCUUACUUCAUGUGCUUCAAAAUAUGUAUCUUUUCGUUAUUUUCAGAUGGAGCUUUGGCGUGGUUCUAUUUGAGAUUUGCACAAUCGGUGGGUGCAAAAGUAAUUGUUUACAGUGCAUUUUAUCUUUGUUUAAACUUUUCUUUCUUUCUGUUUUAUUAUUAUUAUUAUUAUUACUAUUAUUAUUAUUAUUAUUAUUAUUAUUUCUUUUUGCUUACUGUGAAAUUCCGAAAACCGUGAACACUAGAAAUACUCAUUAAAUGUUAUUGUGUUUCAAGUAAAACGCCAAUCACGCGCGAGAAUAAUAAACCGGAAGCAGUAAAGAAAAUUAGUUUGUGGUUCCAUCUCACUUCUGAUUGGUUGCUGCACAAUGGGAAUUGUCAAAAUCGAAUCAAAGUGUUCUCGGUUUUUGGAUUCGCACAGUAACUCUGUACUUUCAUAAUUAUGUUGCACUUUCUAUCCGUCAAAAUUAUUUGCACCUUCCAUCGUUAACGUCCACAUUUUGUACAACUAAGACGGAUUGAAUUAUAUACUGGCAAUCUUUGAAACUUAAGUGACUUAUCGUACCUUUCAGGAGCUGAGCCUUACCCUGGGAUAAGUCCAUUCAAAUUACCAAGCGUUUUGCUGAAAGGAUACAGAAUACCGAAACCAGAAUAUGUCAAGGAUGAGUUGUAAGGGACCGGUCAUUAUUUGAAGGGGGGCGGUACCUAAGUUAAUAAAGAUAUGUAUUGAGCUUUACAAACUUUUAGUUUUCAUAGUCCUUGGAAGGAACUAGACAUUCAAAACAAAAAGUAGAUGCCUCAACCUGUCAAGCCUUUGAAGCGAAACGGUUUAUUUUUCUGCUGCGUUUCUGGUAUAUAUUUUCGUUAAAUAACUUUUUUAUCUGAACAAUAUUUUUGGUUCGGCAUUUGUUUUAAAGCACAAACUGCUUAUCGAGAGAGCUUACGUCAUAGACAUUGAGUAAACCGUCGGUUUUGAACUUCAAUUAUCGGAGGCCGCGGAGCAAUGGGCCGCUCCAGUCUCUCCAACUGAGUGGAGGGGGAAAGACUCUAAAAAUGGUUAAAACGCAUCUAUCUGUAAGACUUACUCAAUCAGGCUUGGAUGAUUUCCGGCGAUGUCCGCCAGGUCUAAUCAGCCACUGUUACCACGUGAAAGUCCUUUUCAUUUUAGGAAAUGUAUUUACUAAAUUUAUUUUUUGUAUCACCAAAAGUGAGGGCUCUGCCCUCCCCCAGCCCCUUCCCUGCACGUUCUCUGAUUAAACUUCACCCUCUUGCCAUAUAUAAAUGUCUUCAAACUUCUGAGGUGGUUCGCAAUCGACAGUAAAUAGCGGAGACAAUAGACCUGUUAAAAGUUAUCACGCCACAGUAAUUAUUUCUCAUCUGCCCCCUGGGUAUCCCAUAAUUUCCUCGGAAUUCAAGAUGGCCGCAUAUCGGUAAAAAGGUCUAUUGCUUUAGUUAAAUGAAGAUUGACAGUGGGUCUUCAUAUCCUGAUUAAAAAAAUGUUUGGACUUUUUAUACAGGUAUGAUAUAAUGAGGGAAUGCUGGGAGACGGAACCUGACAACAGGCCUUCAUUUGAUAAACUGUGCCAGAAAAUCAGGCUGCUGGGGGCCCGGGCUAACCAGGUAAAAAAUAUAUCCAUUUACGUAGUAUAUACUGGAGACACCUCAGCUUCUCACUGAAACAGUCACAAAGGAUUCUUGGUUGCUUUAAAUCUGGCAACAUCAUAACGUUUUACUAGCUGGAUUAAGGCAUCAGAACAGAGGAUCUGCUUGGGUUCGAGCUCCUUUUAAGCUCAUGUGUGUAAAGGUGAAGACGAUGAGGCUAAGCCACUGCUUAACGUUCUUUCCAGGAAGGGAAGUUAACUCUUACGUCGUUCUUUUUCCUUAUUGCGCCUGGAGGUCAUUAUGCAAUGCAAUCCUCGCAAUCAAGAAUUGGAAGCAUUUGCUUUAGCAUUUCCCAUUAGAACCAGUUGAUAAUUUAUAAACGAAUGCUUAUUCUUUUUUUCAGAACUACGUUAACAUAAAGGACUGCCUGGAAGCUUAUGAGCAAAACGAGAUCGCGUCCUGA